AUGGAGGCAAACCCAGUGGGCAGUGGCGCCGGGGGCGGUGGCAGCAGCGGCCUGGGAGGCGAGGAUGGGGUCCACUUCCAGAGUUACCCCUUCGACUUCCUGGAAUUCCUCAACCAUCAGCGCUUUGAGCCCAUGGAGCUCUAUGGGGAGCAUGGGAAGGCCAUGGCUGCCCUGCCCUGUGCCCCGGGGCCCCCACCGCAGCCCCCUCCCCCACCGCCCACCCCCCAGUACGACUACCCUCCCCAGUCCACCUUCAAGCCCAAGGCCGAGGUACCUUCUUCCUCCUCUUCUUCGUCUUCCUCGUCCUCCUCCACCUCCUCGGGCCCUGCCUCACAAGCCAAGAAGCCAGACCCGCCCCUGCCCCCUGCCUUUGGGGCCCCCCCACCGCCCCUCUUCGAUGCCGCCUUCCCCGCCCCACAGUGGGGCAUCGUGGACCUCUCGGGACAUCAGCACCUCUUUGGGAAUCUGAAGCGAGGUGGUCCGGUAUCCGGACCAGGGGUGACUCCGGGACUGGGCGUCCCGACGGGGGCCCCGGGCCCACUGCCUGCCCCUGCACAGACCCCACCGGGCCCCACGGCCGGAGUGGCCUGUGACCCCACCAAGGACGACAAGGGUUAUUUCCGGAGGCUCAAGUACCUAAUGGAGCGGCGCUUCCCCUGUGGCGUGUGUCAGAAGUCCUUCAAACAGUCGUCGCACCUGGUGCAGCACAUGCUAGUACACUCAGGUGAGCGGCCGUACGAAUGCGGAGUGUGUGGCCGUACCUACAAUCACGUGUCCAGCCUCAUCCGCCACCGCCGCUGCCACAAGGACCUGCCGCCCCAGCCCCAGCCUCAGCCCCAGCCUGGCGCGCCUCUCCCGGCCCUGGGCCUCCCUACGCCCACAGCCAAUACCACGGUGACCGCUGCUACCGCCGUGUCAUCCGGUGUGCCCGCCCCGCCUGCCGUCCCCACCACCGAUGGAGCUGCUGCUGCUCCCGUAGCCCCUGCGGGUGUUGGGGGACCCUCACAGGCCACAGUCAGCGGAGAGGGCCCAUUUGCCUGCCCUCUGUGCUGGAAGGUCUUUAAGAAACCCAGCCACCUGCACCAGCACCAGAUCAUCCACACAGGUGAGAAGCCCUUCUCCUGCACCGUGUGCAGCAAGAGCUUCAACCGGCGCGAGAGCCUCAAGCGCCACGUGAAGACGCACUCCGCCGAUCUGCUGCGCCUGCCCUGCGGCAUCUGCGGCAAGGCCUUCCGAGAUGCCUCCUACCUCCUCAAACAUCAGGCGGCCCAUGCUGGGGGCGCUGCGCCACGGCCUGUCUACCCUUGCGACAUGUGCGGUAAGUCCUACUCGGCACCGCAGAGCCUGCUCCGACACAAGGCUGCCCACGCCCCGCCGGCCCCCGAUGCUGCCAAGGACGCACCUGCCUCGGGCCCGCAGCCCACACCUCCUUUCCCUCCCGGCUCCUACCUGCUGCCCACCGAGCCACCAGCCACUGAUAGCGAGAAGGCGGCUGCGGCAGCGGCAGCAGCCGUGGUGUACGGCGCCGUGCCCGUGCCACUGCUGGGGGCGCACCCGCUGCUGCUCGGGGGCGCGGGCCCCAGCGGAACAGGAGGCUCCGGGGCAAGCGCUCCAGGCAAGACGUUCUGCUGUGGCAUCUGCGGACGCGGUUUUGGGCGCCGAGAGACGCUGAAGCGACACGAGCGCAUCCACACUGGCGAGAAGCCACACCAGUGCCCCGUGUGCGGUAAGCGCUUCCGAGAGUCCUUCCACCUGAGUAAACACCACGUGGUGCACACGCGUGAACGGCCCUACAAGUGCGAGCUCUGCGGCAAGGUCUUCGGCUACCCUCAGAGUCUGACACGCCACCGCCAGGUCCACCGCCUGCAGCUGCCGUGCGCGCUGGCCGGCACCGCAGGGCUCCCAGGUCCUCAGGGCGCGGCCGGGGGCUGUGGGCCAGGAGCAGUGGGCAGUGGCGGGGCACCGACCGAAGCGCUCAGCUAUGCCUGCUCCGACUGCGGUGAGCAUUUCCCGGAUCUCUUCCACGUCAUGAGUCACAAGGAGGUGCAUAUGGCCGAGAAGCCAUAUGGCUGUGACGCCUGCGGCAAGACCUUCGGCUUCAUUGAGAAUCUUAUGUGGCACAAGUUAGUGCACCAGGCAGCGCCUGAGCGCCUGCUGCCGCCUGCACCUGGGGGCACCCAGCCUCCAGAUGGUGGUGGUGGUGGUGGUAAUGGUGGUAAUGGUGGUGGGACCGAAGCAGCAAGCACGCUGGACAAUGGGCUGGCAGGUGAGGUGGGCGCAGCUGUGGCAGCGCUGGCCGGCGUGGCUAGUGGCGAGGACACAGGCAGCGCGGGGGCUGCCGCGGGUAGCAGCGGGGGCCCAGGCCCUGAGCGCUUCAGUUGCGCCACCUGUGGCCAAAGCUUCAAGCACUUCCUGGGGCUGGUGACGCAUAAGUACGUGCACCUGGUGCGCCGGACCUUGGGCUGUGGGCUGUGCGGCCAGAGCUUUGCAGGCGCCUACGACCUGUUGUUGCACCGCCGCAGCCACCGGCAGAAGCGCGGCUUCCGGUGCCCCGUGUGCGGUAAGCGCUUCUGGGAGGCGGCCCUGCUCAUGCGCCAUCAGCGCUGCCACACGGAGCAACGGCCCUACCGCUGUGGCGUGUGCGGCCGUGGCUUUCUCCGCUCUUGGUACCUGCGGCAGCACCGCGUGGUCCACACGGGCGAGCGAGCCUUCAAAUGCGGCGUGUGCGCCAAGCGCUUCGCACAGUCCUCCAGUCUGGCAGAGCACCGGCGGCUGCAUGCCGUGGCGCGGCCCCAGCGCUGCGGUGCCUGUGGCAAGACCUUCCGGUAUCGCUCCAACCUGCUGGAGCACCAACGAUUGCACCUGGGCGAGCGUGCCUACCGGUGCGAACACUGUGGCAAGGGCUUCUUCUACCUGAGCUCGGUGCUGCGUCACCAGCGUGCCCACGAACCACCGCGGCCCGAGCUGCGCUGUCCCGCCUGCCUCAAGGCCUUCAAGGAUCCUGGCUACUUCCGCAAACACCUAGCGGCCCACCAGGGCGGCCGGCCCUUCCGCUGCUCCUCCUGCGGUGAGGGGUUCGCCAACACUUACGGUCUCAAGAAGCAUCGCCUGGCCCACAAGGCCGAGGGCCUUGGAGCGCCUGGCGGGGGCGCAGGUGCACUGACGGGGAAGGAUAACUGA